AUGGAAUGCAUAGGAGUUUUACCAGCGCCUGAAGAUGUUAUACAACCAACAAAUAUACCUCUAUUCGGAAUCCUGGCGGAAAAUACCACAGAACCGGGACAGUGCUAUUUCUGCUUUGAACAGAUUGAUCGAAACGAACUACUUGCGAUGACGAUGCAAUGCUGUCAACAAAAAGCUCAUUGUCAAUGUUUCCAAAUGUGGGCGGCGCAAUACAACGGCACAGACGUCGAAACCGUACGGUGCGGGUAUUGCAGAACACCAUUCCAGGACAAGAAACUCUGUUACCUGUGCUUACAGAAUAAAAACAACGGACAAGAACUAAACAAGACCCGAUGCUGUCAAACAACGAUCCAUAAAAACUGUACGGAAAUACUAAAAGAAAUACUGACCAAGCUGACAUUCGAAUUUUCGCUGGAAUGUGGCGAAUUAACCUUUUGUGGAUGCAUCUGGCACAAACUCUAAAAAACAUUAUAAUUAUCAAACAUCUCUACUGUAAACUACUGUAAAAAUUCAAUAAAUUGUUUUCAAAUAUUCAUCGCUGUACGCCAUUUUGAACAUUUCCUUACUUUCGGGUUUCCAUGACGUCAUUACUUCCGCCACUCCUGCAUACUAAUUACUUCCGCCGCUCUAUUCGCUCCUGCAUACUAAUUACUUCCGCCGCUAUACAGACGGGGUAAUACUACU